AUGGCAAUGCGCAGGGGAGAGUUUCGUGCUGUUUCAUGGGCCACACAAUUCUUGGCCUACAGACGGCCAUCGUGGAAGUGUGCGUCCUGCAGGAAUGUUCGUCAAAUUAAUGUCCUGCCGCGCCGAUUUGCAACGGCUGCGUCUACAGAAACACCCAAGAAGCCUUACUAUGUGACGACUCCUAUUUUCUAUGUCAAUGCUGCCCCCCAUGUCGGCCAUCUAUACACCAUGGUCAUCGCCGAUAUCAUGAAGAGGUGGCAGGUACUUCUCGGUGAUAAAGACGCCCAGCUAUUAACCGGAACCGACGAGCAUGGCAUGAAGAUUCAACAAGCAGCGCUUGCGGCCGGGAUGGAUACACAAGCCUUUUGCGACAUGAACUGCAAAACAUUUGAGGCCCUAGCGAAAGCUGCGAACCUGGACAAUGACCAUUUCAUCCGCACAACAGACGCGGCGCAUAAGGAGGCAGUUCAAUAUUUCUGGGAAAUGCUGAGCCACCGGGGCUAUAUCUAUACUGCGAAGCAUGAAGGCUGGUACUCUGUCAGCGAUGAAACCUUCUAUCCUCAAACACAAGUGCAAAACGCCUUGGAUCCAUCAACCGGGAGAAAAAGAAUGGUUUCAAUCGAAACUGGCAAAGAAGUGGAGUGGUCCUCAGAGACAAACUACCACUUUCGUCUGUCUGCGUUCCAGGACCGCCUGCUGGAGUUGUACAGCAAAACUGAUUUCAUAACACCCAGUAACUACGCUACAGCCGUAGUGAAAUCUGUUUCCUCGGGGCUUCAAGAUCUGUCGAUAUCUAGACCUGUAGAACGGUUGAACUGGGGCAUUCCCGUGCCUGGUGAUGAAACCCAAACAAUCUACGUCUGGCUAGAUGCCCUUGUCAAUUACUUGACGAAGGCAGGGUACCCCUUCCCCCCCGGACAAGAAGCUCGACUUGGAUGGCCGGCAGAUGUUCAUGUUGUGGGCAAGGAUAUUGUCCGCUUCCACUGCGUGUAUUGGCCCGCUUUCCUCAUGGCCCUUGAUCUUCCUUUGCCCCGUAAUGUCCUCGUUCAUGGUCACUGGACCAUGAAUCGGGAAAAAAUGUCGAAAUCAACCGGGAAUGUGGUGAACCCUUUCUUUGCCAUCGACCGGUUUGGCGUUGACGCGAUGCGAUUCUUCCUUGCUUACCAGGGAGGCUUGGCUGGAGACGCCGAUUACGAUAAUGCCUACAUUAUUCGCGACUACAAGAAAAUGCUCCAGUGGGGCAUUGGCAACCUGGCACACCGCGCGAUCGGGUGUGCCAAGGGAAACUUGCGGUCGUUCAUUAUCGACGCUGCGUCCGACAAGCUUCCGUCAGCAACCCCUCAGGACCUUGAGCAUCAAUUGCUUCUGGAGCAGACUCCCGCCAAGGUGGCCGAGCAAAUGGCUAGCUUGAACCCGCGUGCCGCUCUGCAGGAUGUCAUGAGCAUAAUUGAGAAGACCAACAAAUACUUCCAUGCAGCGGAGCCGUGGAAAACCCCAACCGAGUCCCAGCGUGUGCUCUACAACGUCGCCGAAUCCUUGCGGAUCUCCGCCAUCCUGCUGCAGCCUUUCAUGCCUAGCAAGUCCCAAGAACUCCUGGAUAUCCUCCGUGUAGACAACACAGACCCAUCUAAGCGGAGAUUUGUGGCCGCAACAUUUGGUUCAGACCCAGAUUAUGGAGAGGGUGUCAAGAAGAGCGUCCUUUUCCCCCCUCUCAUUAUCGAAGAAUAG